UCCUCACUUCACUCGCUGGUUUGAGUCUAUAGAAGAAAGACGGUUUCCUUCUUCCGUUCCCUUUUAAACUUACUUUUUUACACUUCCAGCAACUUUUAAACCGUUAGCGUAUAUUUUAUUCAGCAUCUCUGUGCUGUGUAACUCCGCCACUUGGAUCCAGAAUGGAUGAAAUCAGGCGACUGUUAGGGGAUGUGGGACGCGUCCGAACCGACAGCCUCACCAGCGACGCCACGCAGUCGACGGGGAGCAAGCUGGCUCUGCGCCACCGCCUCAACCAGCUGAUGACCUGCGUGGACGACCUGAACCCCGAAAACAAGCUGCAUGACAAAGUGGUCAAGACCCUGGACAACGUCUUCCUCGUCUUUGGCAAAAAGGCCAACAGGCAGAAAAAGAACAGAUUCAGGCUGCACAUGGUGACGUGGAAUGUGGCCACAGUUGAUCCUCCAGACGACGUGACGUCGCUCCUCCACUUGAACUCAUCAAAGAGACCAGACCUCUACGUCAUCGGACUACAGGAGGUGUACUCAGGACCAUUGAGAUUCAUGACAGACAUUGUAUUUGAUGACCCGUGGAGUCAUCGGUUCAUGUCCACCUUAGCGCCGUUGAAUUAUGUCAAGGUGUCAUCCAUCAGAAUGCAGGGUCUCCUGCUGCUCUUCUUCUCCAAACUGGAGCACGUCCCCUUCAUCAGAGACAUUCGGGCGAAGUACACACGCACUGGCAUCUUUGGUUACUGGGGUAACAAAGGUGGUGUGACCGUCCGUCUGUCUUUCUACGGCCACAUGCUCUGCUUCCUCAACUGCCACUUGGCUGCUCACAUGGAAUACGCCUCGGAGAGAGUGGAUGAGUUUGAGAACAUCGUGAACACGCAGACGUUUGAGUGUGAAAAGGCUCCAACUAUUCUUGACCACAGGCUGGUUUUCUGGUUUGGAGAUCUCAACUUCCGAAUCCAGGACCACGACAUGCACUUUGUCCGCUCCUGCAUCACCGAUAAAAAAUACAACCUGCUGUGGAGCAAAGACCAGUUGACCAUGAUGAAGAAGAAAGAGAAGCUGCUGCAGGAGUUUGAGGAAGGACCUCUGGACUUUCAGCCCACGUACAAGUUUGACCGAAACACUGAUACAUAUGACAGCAGGUUCUACAGGACUUGGUUUGGCUUUAACAAUAAGAAGCGAAAACCGGCCUGGACCGACCGGAUCCUGUGGCGACUCCGGCCCAACGCCCAACCUGCUGACGAGGAAGAUGAAAAUCCAACCGAAUUAGACGUGAGGAAGGUCAAGCAGCUGGAGCUGGAGGAGGAGGAGGAGUUUCCUCUGAAGAUCAGACAGGACUUGUACACCAGCAGCAUGGAGUACCGCAUCAGUGACCACAGGCCUGUCACUGGUAUCUUCACACUGGAGCUGAGGAAGAUGUACGACACUCCUCUGGUGCGAGUGCAGCCCGAGGGCGACUGGAGCGCAGAUAUCGAUUCCAUGGUUCUCUACAGCCCCAUGCAGCCAUUCCCCUCCAGUAACUGGGACUGGAUCGGACUCUAUAAGGUCGGAUUCAGCAGCGUGUCUGACUACAUAACCUACACGUGGGUCAAAGAUGACGAGGUGGCCUUCAAUGACGAGUUCAUACAGGUGUAUGUUAGUAAAGAGGACAUCCCUGUGCGGGGGGGAGAGUGUGUGCUGUGCUACUACAGUCAUACUCUGCAGUGCAUCGUUGGAAUUAGUGAACCGUUCAAGGUCCAUGAAUCCAAGGUGGCCAUUGAGGAAGGCCUGAUGCCCGACAGGAUCAGUGAACUCGACAAAAAGACAGCGAGCGACGAAUUUUGAAACUGAUCUGUGAGGAUUCAGUUGGGCUUCGAUCACCUGAACAAUAAUCUUUUUUUUUUUUUUCUGAAUCAUAUUUCCUAACCUGCCACUGAAAGAGGCGUUUAGGAAACACUCCCUGAUCAAGAUCCCGUUGCUUACUGGCACCUCAGCAGUCAUUAUAGUAUUUUUAUGACGGGUCUCUGUAGCUACAUGUUCUGUGCACACAGUAUAUGAGCUUGACUAAACUCAAAGCAGAAAUUUUUAACAAACAUUCAUCGACCGACUUAAAACUAAAUAUAGUAGAUUCGGAUGCUAAAACCAUUGUGAUGUGCAAUAUGGUGGAAUGCUUUGAUGGAUGUACGGCUCCAUCAGGCAGUUAAGCAAUGUGUGGUCGCUCAUUAGGACAUGAAGCAUAUUAGAAUAUGUACAGGCCUGCUGCUAUAUGUGAUCGACCCAGUAGUGAAAGGAAGACACAGAGUUUUUUAAGCUUCAUAUUUGAGUUUGCCUUUCUUUGAAAGAUGUGAAAACACCCAACUCAUACUUCACUUGAUUGCUACAGUUAUAAAAAGGAAAAGGGAACCAGCAAAUUAACAGAGCUCACUGGUCAUUUUUGUUUACACAGGACCAUGAUCACGUCUGUUUGGUCUUAAAAAAUAUUUUUUAGUUCACUGCUUACUUUGCAAAUAUCCGUUGAUUCUUGUCCUUUCUGCAAGUUUGUGGUUAUGGGUAUUUUGCGUGGCAAACCAAUAUAAUGCUGGAGAGCAGGACCUUACACAGCAAAUGCGUUUAUUAAUAGCUGCACAGAAGUUAUAUUUAUAUAUGUUCACUAUUGUUUGCCUUAAAAGUUUAAUUCAAUUAUAAUUCAAACGGUCUAUCUAUAGGUAUGUGUGUAAAUGUCUCUUGGACUAGGUCUCUUUAAAGCGUCGUGCAGUAUCCACUAAAAAGGAAUCCUUCUGAGGGGCUGAUUUUAAUCUGUGUACUGUCCUGAAAGUAUUUAGUACAUAAGCUGGAUCAGAGUUUUAAAUGUUUUGUAUGUUAUUUAAAAUAUUAAUACGGUGAACAGAACAUCUACUGUUUUUAAUGAACUGCUGUAGGAUGAUGAGAGAAGAUUUGAUUUUUUUGGGUUUCCUCCUCCCAGUAUUUUAAUGAACUUCAUUUGUUCCUGGAGGACUUGAAAACUAUAUAAUGUUUAGCUUUUUUUUUUUUUUGAUUACCUUUUUAUAUUACUGGAGCUGAAUUUAAAAAAAAAACAUGCAAAUCAUUCCUUCUGAAAUGAAGAUCUUAAAGAAAUAUUGCACUGUUUAUUGUUACUGCGUGAUUCAUUAGUGUGUACUGAGAAAAAGCUUUUUUGAACUUUUGCAUUCAGCAAGUGCCUUUGAUAUGAUUGUUGCGUUACUUCCAGUAAUAUAAGGCUGCUUAAUUUGAUACAGCAUGUAUCAUGAAUAUUCAUGAGAUUAUUAUUUCAUGGCUUCAUAUUUUUCCACCAUCCUCUUGAUUUGAAGUAUUGUUGCUUUUCAUUUCCAGUAAUAUAACUCUGCUUCAUUUUGAUGCAGCAUGCAUCAUUUAUGCUCAUUAGAUUAUUAUUUCAUGGCCUCUUGUUUUUCUGCCAUCCUCUUGAUUUGGAGUAUUGCUGUAAACUUCUUGUCUUCGACUGAAUGCUGUUAUCAUGGGCUUGCUUGAAUCAUAUAUGAUAUUAGGUGAAUUAUUUAAUUUUUGUUUUUAAUUGAAGAGUGACUUAUUUUCUCAGAUGUCGAUGAAAUGUCGUACUGUAACACCAGUUUAUAGCCUGGCAAACACAAAUAUUAAACAAGUUUCACUUCA